AUACAGAAAGUACAGUGUUUCUUUCAUACAGAUUACAUUACUAAAUCAGUUUUCAAGGAAACAGAUUACAGAAAGGUAAAUUCGAGAGUCCCUAGCCUCUCCCAAUUCUACUUCUUUUCUAGAAAACUCUCUUCUCCUGCUUCUGCCAUUCCCCUCCUAUUUAUUCUCCUGUUCUUGCUCACAGUUAUAACAGAAUUGCUGAGUCAGCUCAUGAGUCAACAUCUCACAUUAAAGCUGGGGUCCACUUCCUUCUAUUCUUGUCUCGUUUAUAUACCUUUGCUGGCUGGACCGCAUCAGAAUAUUUAACAAAACCUAUGGUUGGAAUGCAAGUUUGCAUCAUACUUAUACACUUUCAUAAGAUUAUUUUAUAGCAUACGAAUAUCUGUUAAUUUCAAUGUAAAAUAUACUUUUCAAGAAAGAGAAUAGUUCAACCGUUUUACGACCUGAUUAUAGUAGCUUAAAUUUUGAAAAUUUAGUAUGCAAAAUAAACUAUUAUUACUUGUAAUUCAAUGGCCAGAUUGAUCGAUAUCAAUUUUGUAAGGAACUAUUGAAAGGUAUAUUCUUACAAUGACAGGGACAACAAUGGAUCCCAACCUCUAAUUAUAAGUUAUUUCAUUAGAGUUAUCAUGCUGUUAUUGCGUGUCCACCAAAUUUAAACAAUUUGAAGUAUAUUAUCAAAUUAUUGAUAUUGUCAGGUGCUGAAAUCUCAAGAGUUGGUGAGCUAAGUCUGUUUUUCCUUUCCUUUGUUUUUUUCUUCCUUUUUUUUGGAGGAGGGGGAGGGGUCUACUAUUUUUAUACAUUUUCAAAUGUUGAAGAUAGAACAAAGUCAUUUUAGAAAUUUGAAUGAGCCAUGGUUUACCCCUACAUAUGUUCCUCCACUCUUCUUGAUCUUGCUUCUUAUCCUCAUGCCAUAAAAAUUUUUAGGGCGAGCCUAGAGCAGUGAUGAAAAUUGCUCGUGUGACUAAAAGGUCACAUGCUCGAAUCCGGGUAACAGACUCUUUGCUAAAAAAUGCAAUGGUAAGGCUAUGUAUAAGGAUUUCCCUCACCUUUAUCCUUGCAAGUUGGUGUUUCAUGGGAAGUUUUUUUGUAAUAGAAAUGAUUUAAUAAUCAUGAGUUUUGGUCAAACUGUGUUACCUUAAUAUACACUUUAAGAAUGAUUCAUUACAGUGCUACAUGUUAGAAGUAAACCCAAAUUCUUUACCAUGACAAGGGAAAAAGCACGAUAUUGUCCUCCAAUUCUAUAAUGAAUUACUGAUAACAUCUCUCCAACAUCGAACUCCAUGAUUUUUUCUAUUUUCUUAUAUUUGGUUGUAUUGUAAUUCUUGUAUAUAUUGUUUUCUCAUAAUGGAAUGGUUAGCUAUGCAUAAGAACAUGGUUCUGUAGUCAUGUACAAACCAUGUGACUAUGUAUCAGUUUAAAUGCUUAUUAUUACAAUGUAGAGGAUUAUAGUGUUACUUUUUAUUACAUUUCGGAACUUCUGUUCUAUUUUUUGUGCAUUAUGUCAAUUGGCUAUAUUUGGGAGAAGGUAGUAUAACAAGACUUAAUGGAGUGAGAUAUAAAUUGACGAAUGGUGUGUCUUAGAAUGGAUUGGAGGAAAGCAAUUAGCAUUGUGGAGGGUUUGACCCUUUUUUUCUUCAUAUGUUUGAUAUGUUCUUUUUUAGUUCUUUUCCUCUAUAUCUCCCUAUAUUUCUUUCUUUAUCUCUUUUUUUUUUCUCCUUUUUUCCUCUCUUAUUUAUUUUCCUUUUAUUUGUUUAUUAUUCAUAUCUUACUUUUUUUCUUCUUUUAUUUUUUCUCUUAUGUACUUUUUUCUCUUAUUUAUUUUUAUUUUCACUUUAUUUUAGUUUUCUUUUUAAUUGUUUGUUGCUAUUUUUUAAUUUCCACUGCUUUCGAUAGCCCCUGGCAUUCAUGUUUUUAUCUGGUUUUGUUUUGGCUUUUGAUCACUAAUAUGUUUAAGAUAUCAACUGUUUUUAUUUGUGAUAAAGGAGAUAUGGUUGAUGUUGUGGUUCCUCCGUUGGCUGAAUCAAUUGAAGAUGGAACUCUGGCAAAAUUUUUAAAGAAUCCUGGUGAUAGUGUUAAUGUUGACGAACCAAUAGCUCAGAUUGAAACAGAUAAGGUGACAAUUGAUGUUCCUAGCCCUGAGUCAGGUGUGAUUUUAAAGCUUCUAGCCAACGAAGGAGAUACUGUUCAACCAGGUAACAAGAUAGCAAUCAUUUCCAGGUCUGCUGAAGCUACAGCCCAUCCUGCCCCAUCAGAGAGUACAACUGAGAAAGCUACUCCUCAACCAACCCAAAAGAUUAGCGAGGAAAAGAAAGCACCUAAAGUUGAAACUGCCCCUAUUACAGAGAAACCCAAAACACCCCCUGCUCCACAGCACUCUCCCACUGAGCCACAGCUACCACCUAAGGAAAGAGAAAGACGAGUUCCGAUGACAAGACUUCGGAAGCGAGUUGCUACACGGUUGAAAGAUUCUCAAAACACAUUUGCAAUGUUGACAACAUUCAAUGAAGUUGAUAUGACUAAUUUGAUGAAGCUUCGGUCUGAUUAUAAGGAUGCUUUUGUUGAGAAGCAUGGGGUCAAAUUGGGACUUAUGUCUGGUUUUGUCAAGGCUGCAGUCAAUGCACUCCGACAUCAGCCAAUUGUAAAUGCAGUCAUUGAUGGGGAUGAUAUUAUAUACAGAGAUUAUAUAGAUAUCAGCAUAGCUGUUGGUACUCCAAAGGGCCUUGUUGUGCCAGUUAUCCGCAAUGCUGAGGAAAUGAACUUUGCGGAUAUAGAAAAGCAGAUCAAUACUUUCGCAAAGAAGGCAAAUAACGGAACUUUAUCAAUUGAUGAGAUGGCUGGAGGCACUCUUACAAUAUCCAAUGGCGGUGUUUAUGGGAGCCUUCUGAGUACCCCUAUUAUCAACCCUCCUCAGUCGGCAAUCUUGGGUAUGCAUUCCAUAGUGAGCCGUCCAAUGGUUGUUGGAGGUAAUAUUGUCCCAAGGCCAAUGAUGUAUAUUGCUCUAACAUAUGACCAUAGAAUAAUUGAUGGAAGAGAGGCCGUGUUCUUUUUGCGACGUAUCAAAGAUAUUGUGGAGGAUCCUCGUAGGCUUCUGCUAGACAUAUGAAGUGCACCUCAACUUCAUUAGAGUAUGUUAAACAAAAUUCAUUUACCUCAGACUAAUCACUAAUAUAUGUGGUUGUCUUAAAUUGCGGCUGGUCAUGAUUUACAGUUUGUAAUGAGCAAACUCUUUAGGAUCAUAUCCAAUUUCCAUCUGAUUUUAAAUCAGUAUGUUUUUCCUUCUUUUUUCUUUCAUUUUUUUUUUCUCAUUCUAUACAAGGAGAACAUUUUUUAACUCAUAACUUGUAUGAAACUAUAGCAUGGGCUUGUCCCUAAAACAAUGUGAUUAUCUUUCAA